UCCCAGCAUGCGAUUACCUCGGAGAAAGGAUGGCCUCACUUUUUGGGAUAACAUCAGCCAAGUAUCAGUACGCCAUCGACGAAUACUACAGGAUGAAGAAGGAGAGGGAGGAAGACAAGGAGGAAAACUAUCUGUCAGAGGAAGCGGAACGAACCUUCAACAGUCGACGCUCUGUGAAGGACGAGGACGAGCCAGUCACCACAGAUCGCCCCCAGGUGUCCGACGCUCGCCCCGAUGUGACCUAUCGGAAUGACGACGACAGUCGGGCUCAGCCUCCGACCACCAUCAGGGUUCCUGUUAUUGUCACAGCCACCUAACCGUCCCCCCACCUCUCGAAAGUUGAUGUAAGAAGUUUUGUGUCUGUGUGUUUGUUGAAGAUGCACCACUGUCACCGUUUUUUAUGUAUUGUUUGAUGCAGCUUUAGACGGGCUGUGUUGCCGCUGUACGUUUGGCAACACCAGCAUAGGUGAAAAUCCUCUGACGGUUCGGUGUCCAGCGCGACGGUGCGAUCACUGAUAAGGUGAAUAAUGAGGAAACAUUAUUCAACAGGAUAAAUGGCAGGAGUGCUUUUGUCACUCCGGUGUAUUGGUAAAAAAAACAAUUCACCACUUUGUCGGUCGCUACAGCAGCCUCACCGGUUUGACUGUUUGCCUGUGGAGUGAAAGUGAUUCCAUGUCGCUCUAAUGUGCCUCAAAUGGACCCGACACUGUGCCUAAAUCACCAACACAGCCACGUCAGCGCCAGAUCUAGGCUAAUCACGCGUUUGAGGUUUUUA